AUGGAAGCGGAGGACGAGGUGUCCCUCCGGGAGCAGCAUUUCCACAGCCAAGUGCGGGAGUCCACGAUAUGCUUUCUUCUGUUUGCUGUUCUCUACAUUGUUUCCUACUUCAUCAUCACAAGGUACAAGAGGAAGUCAGAUGAACAGGAAGAUGAAGAUGCCAUAGUCAACAGAAUUUCGCUGUUUUUGAGUACCUUCACGUUAGCAGUUUCUGCUGGUGCUGUUUUGCUUCUUCCUUUCUCAAUAAUCAGCAAUGAAAUCCUCCUUUCUUUUCCACAAAACUACUAUAUUCAGUGGUUAAAUGGCUCCUUGAUUCAUGGUUUGUGGAAUCUUGCUUCUCUCUUUUCCAACCUUUGUUUGUUUGUGUUGAUGCCUUUUGCCUUUUUCUUUCUGGAAUCAGAGGGAUUUGCUGGGCUAAAGAAGGGAAUCAGAGCACGAAUUUUGGAAACUGUUGUUAUGCUGAUUCUUCUUGCACUGCUUAUUUUUGGAAUAGUUUGGGUAGCUUCUGCUCUCAUUGACAAUGAUGCUGCCAGUAUGGAAUCUUUAUAUGAUCUCUGGGAAUUCUAUCUACCUUAUUUAUAUUCCUGUAUAUCAUUAAUGGGAUGUUUAUUACUUCUUUUGUGCACACCAGUUGGACUUUCACGAAUGUUUACAGUCAUGGGUCAGCUGUUGGUGAAACCAACAAUUCUUGAAGACCUGGAUGAACAAAUUUAUAUAAUUACACUUGAGGAAGAAGCACUUCAGAGGAGACUAAAUGGGUCAUCUUCAUCAGUGGAGUACAAUACAAUGGAACUGGAACAAGAACUUGACAAUGUGAAGGCAAUGAAGUCAAAAUUAGAGAGACGAAAAAAAGCUUCAGCAUGGGAACGGAAUUUGGUGUAUCCUGCUGUUAUGGUUCUUCUUCUUAUUGAAACGUCCAUUUCAGUCCUGCUGGUUGCCUGCAACAUUCUUUGCCUCUUGGUUGAUGAAACUGCAAUGCCAAAGGGAUCGAGGGGGCCUGGCAUAGGAAAUGCUUCCCUUUCUACUUUUGGUUUUGUGGGAGCAGCACUCGAAAUAAUUUUGAUUUUUUACCUUAUGGUUUCCUCCGUUGUCGGCUUCUACAGCCUCCGCUUUUUUGGGAGCUUUACUCCCAGGAAAGACGACACGACUAUGACAAAGAUAAUUGGAAAUUGUGUUUCAAUCUUAGUCUUGAGUUCUGCACUACCUGUGAUGUCAAGAACUUUGGGAAUUACCAGAUUUGAUCUUCUUGGAGAUUUUGGAAGAUUUAACUGGCUGGGGAAUUUCUACAUUGUACUAUCCUACAAUUUGCUGUUUGCUAUCGUGACAACUUUAUGUCUUGUCAGAAAGUUCACCUCUGCUGUACGAGAAGAACUUUUCAAGGCCUUAGGUCUUCACAAACUUCAGCUCUCAAACAGUGCAAGAGACUCAGAAACACCCAAACCUUCUGCAAAUGGGCAUCAGAAAUCACUGUGAGAGAGACAAUCAAUAAUCUUUUGCAGUUAGAAGAACUGAAAAUUCCGACCUCAUGACAUUCCUGUCACUGUCAUCAAAAUAUUUUUUGUACUAAUUUUUGGUUUAUAUUUUGAGCUCCAGCCUGUAAAUGUC